AUGCCGGCGUCCUCUUCCUCCGCUACCGCUGCACAGGUGCUGAUGCACGCCAUGGUUUCGUCGUCAUCAUCGCGCCGCAGACUACGAUUGGUUCUCGGGACUUUCUGUAUACUGAAUGCAUUUACCGCUUUUCUGUUUGCAUGGAUGAUGUCCACGGAGCAAACUAGCUUCGCGUUGACGGCAGCGAGGCGGCGUUGGAAUCUAAGGGAGCGCUCUAACGCGACCUGCAAGGCCGGUGUCUACUAUGUGAUCAUUGGUCUUAUGCUGCUUGUUGACCGUCUAAGCUGCACUAUUGCAGUGAUAGUACAACUAGGCGUGCGGUUCGUGCGGGCUGGAUGUUCAUUGAUUCUUCGUUGGCUAUUGUGGUGCGCUAGGGUUAUACCGGCGUCGAGAGGUCGUGGCCUACUGCUGCGCCGCUUUGUCACUCGUUCCGCCGGCGCCUUGCCAGAGAAUUACAGAGUCUUGUUGCAAAGCAACAGUUUGGCGCGGCCUCCCCGAUCUCCUCCUAGUGCUGCUGUUCCUGCUACGGGUGCAGCGAGGGCGCCUUCGAGCCACAGGUUACUGCCACGUGUUGCAGGUAUCCACCUGGGCUCCUCAUUGCAGGGCGCACAGGCCAGAUCGACUCUCGAAACCCUGGCCGAUUUGGAGAGGGAUAGGCGACCGCGCAAUGCCACCGCUUCCCCACCGAGUAUUCGGCUACGUAGCAGCUGA